GGAUCACCCAUGAAACCCGGCGCAGCUAGGGAAACAUAUCGCGGCUGAGGUCCACGUACGUAAAGCAUCAUGGCUUAGAGAAAAUGUGCGAGUAUGCCUAGCUAGCCGUGUGGAUUCUUAAAAGUUUGUUUUUCGGCAAAGUUAAGUCCUCCCUCAGUCAAGUGGAAAAACCUCAAUGGUCGGUCACCUUUAUGUUUUCCCACCGUUGACAACAGAAUCGACCUGGCGCGCUUCGACUUUUGCAGCAUUCGGCAGCUACGGGUUCCAAGGGGUGUGUAUCAAACUUACACGUACUCGAGCCGACAAGCUUAUAUCGGUGUAGCCAACGGCCAACCAUGUACAGACGCUCCCAUAGGAAGUCUCGGAAGGGGUGUGCCGAGUGCAAGCGACGCCACAUGAAGUGCGAUGAGACUCGCCCAAGAUGCGUCAACUGCGCGAUGGUGGACCGUACAUGCGUAUUCCCAAAUGCUGCAGAUCCCGGGUCUGUAGCAAGUUCUACGCGUGGCGAUGAAUCCAUGCCCGAUUGCGUACUAUCAGACGCCGGGACCUCGAAGCCGGAUUCGCCGUAUGGAUCUCCGACCGGGAGGAGCCCCGCUGUCAUCCCGACUCCAGACUUGGGCCACCUGAUAGUGUAUGCCGGCAACGACAUGGGCCAGCCCGCUCCCAGUCUAUCGGACAACAUGAUCAAUAUGGCACACAUGAGAUUCUUAGUGCACUUCUCUCUUGUACUCGCCGUGCCGGAGCUCGACCACAGUCUCAUCGAACGAAACACCCAGCUCAUCCUCAAGACAGGGUCCGACGCCCCGUACCUCAUGCACGAGAUCCUCGCCCUGUCUGCUCGGCAUAUGUCGAUCCUCGAGCCAGAAAACGCAAAUGAAUUUUUACACGACGCAGUCCAGCUACAGACAAGAGCAAUUUCAUUAUUCAACGCCCAAAAGGCGCGAAUAGACGAGCCCAGCUGCGUCCCUCUGGUCCUGUUCUCGGCCAUCCUCGGCCGUCAUCUCUGUGUCGACGCACUUGCGUUCCGUAGCACCAUUUUGGAUCCGUUCAUUGACUGCUACGUCAACUUUGCCAGGAUCCGUAGAGGCGUGAGGGUGAUUGUCAGUCGCGCCUGGGCAUUGCUCAAGACCUCGGAGCUUGUCCCUCUGAUGUCGUGGGGUCUGGGGUUGAGUCGGCUGAAAGGUGUCGGUCCCGAUUGUGAUAGCAUCUUAGAUUUGAUAUCUGCAUCGCCGAACAUUUCGGCCGCUGACAAGGAAACCUACAUGCACGCUGUCGACCUUAUACAAGUCGCACUAGAUGAUCUAGACACCAGGGUAUUUCUGGGUCGAAAGUACCUCAUUCAAAUGGUUUUUUCCUGGUCGCUGAUGGUCUCAGAGGACUACACUCGAAAGCUAGCCGAAAGAAAGCCUGAAGCGAUAGCUGUACUGGCUUACUAUGCUGCUAUUUUACAUCUGGCGCGGGACCUUUGGCAGAUUGGCGAUUCAGGGGCAUACCUUUUACAGGUAAUCUGCCAGUAUCUGGGAGAUGAAUGGGCCGAGUGGCUGACAUUACCCCGGAAGAUUGUUUUCUCAGACACUUCCUACACUCCAUCACAUUCUCUCGUCCCGUCAAUAUAAAGGAAUUUCUGCAACCAGUCUGGCACUGGCUUAAGUGAACGUAUUGACCCGCUCUCAACUGUAUGAUUUGAGACGUCAGUCUCGUCCUAAGAGCUAGCAGUGUUGGAGAAGAGAGGGUGAGUGAAGCUGUCACAUUGCAAGACGCAUCCUAUAGACCAGUUCAAACCCCUCCUCAACUGAUUUUAAAGCAC